AUGAAAAACGUCGCUAGAAUUAUUUCCAGCAAAAAGUUAGCAAAGUCAUCAUCUAGAGCCCUUGCUUUAGCUAGUACCCAGGAAUGCAAGAAUAGUUUGAUCAGAUCAACAACAGGGUUUGCUACUCCACAACAACAACAAUUUUCUACAUUUAUUAAUCCUUCUGUUUUCAAGACUACUAAUUAUGUUAGAGCUCCAGAAACCAACGAUCAACCAAAAGAACAUUACUUUAACAAAAUCUUGAUUGCCAACAGAGGUGAAAUUGCCGUCCGUAUCAUUAAAACUUGUAGAAAGCUUGGAAUUAAGACCGUAGCCGUUUACAGUGAUGCUGAUGCUAACAACAAACAUGUUAGAAUGGCUGAUGAAGCUGUAUAUAUUGGUGGUUCUUCUCCUGCUGAUUCAUAUUUGAGAGCCAACAGAAUUAUUGCUGCAAUGAAGCAAACCGGAGCUGAAGCUGUGCAUCCAGGUUUUGGUUUCUUAUCUGAAAAUGCCUCUUUUGCUAAAGCUAUUGAAGAUGCUGGACUCGUUUUUAUUGGUCCACCAUCAUCUGCAAUUUCUGCUAUGGGAGACAAGAUUGAAAGUAAGAUUAUUGCUGAAAGAGCUAAAGUUAACAUUAUUCCUGGCCAUCAAGGUGAAGUUUUCAGUGCUGAUGAAUGUAUCAAAAUUGCUGCUGAAAAGAUUGGUUAUCCAGUCAUGAUUAAAGCUUCCGCUGGUGGUGGUGGUAAGGGUAUGAGAAUUGCCUAUAAUGAACAAGAAUUGAGAGAAGGUUUCAGAUUGAGUCAAGAUGAAGCUAUUAGAAACUUUGGUAGUGAUAAGAUGUUGAUCGAAAGAUUCGUUGAAAAUCCAAGACACAUUGAAAUUCAAAUUAUUUGUGACCAACAUGGAAAUUAUCUUUAUUUGCCAGAAAGAGAAUGUUCCAUUCAAAGAAGAAAUCAAAAGGUCAUUGAAGAAGCUCCAUCUUCAGUAAUUGAUGAAGCAACUAGAAAGGCUAUGGGUGAACAAGCUGUUGCUUUGGCUAAGGAAGUUGGUUAUUUCUCAGCUGGUACUGUUGAAAUGUUGAUUGACUCAAAUAAGAACUUCUACUUCUUGGAAAUGAAUACUCGUUUGCAAGUUGAACACCCUAUUACUGAAUUCAUUACUGGUAUUGAUUUGGUUGAACAAAUGAUUCGUGUUGCUGCCAAGAAGCCAUUGUUGCUCAAGCAAAAGGAUAUUAAGAUUACUGGUCACGCUACUGAAUCCAGAGUUUAUGCUGAAGAUCCAAUGAAUAACUUCUCACCAUCUGUUGGUACUCUUCACACAUACAUUGAACCAAGAGAUGACGAAGGAAGAAUCAGAGUUGACUCUGGUAUUUUGGAAGGUUCUGAAAUUUCAGUUUUCUACGAUCCAAUGAUCAGUAAGACUAUUGCUUACGGAAAGGACAGAAUGGAAUCUAUUAACAGAAUGGUUGAAGCUCUCGAUACCUAUGUCAUUCAAGGUGUUCGUCAUAACAUUUCUUUGCUUCGUGAUAUUUUGGUUACUGAAGAUUACAGGAAGGGUAACAUUACUACUAAAUUCAUUCAAAAGCACUACCCAGAAGGAUUCAAGGGUAUUAAGCUUUCAUCUGAUGCUAAAUCAUCACUCAUUGCUUCAGUCGGUUUGAUGGAAUAUAUUGCUAAUAGAAGAGAUUUCCAAAUUACUGGUCAAUUGCCAAGAGCUCAACCACCUAAGACUACUAAACUCUUCGUUAACAUUGAUAAGGAAGCCUAUCCAGUUUCAAUUACCCAAGAAAAGGGCAAGUAUAUUGUUGAAUUUAAGGAUCACCUCUAUGUCGCCAAGACUAGCUGGGUUGUUGGUACACCAAUCUUCCGUGCUGUUCUCAAUGAUAAUCAAUCAGUCAUUGUUCAAGUUGGUGAAAGAAAAGGUACUACUCAAUUUGUCAGUUUCAUGGGUACUGAAUUCAAGUUUGAUAUCAGAACUCCAAAGGAACAAGAAUUACACAAGCACAUGCCAGUUAUUAUUCCACCAGAUCGUUCUAAGAUGUUGAUUGCUCCUAUGCCAGGUGCUAUUGUUUCAGUUGCUGUUCAACCAGGUCAAAAGGUUUUGGCUCACCAAGAAUUGGUCGUCAUUGAAGCCAUGAAGAUGCAAAACGUCCUUAAGUCUUCUACUGAAGGUAUCAUUAAGGAAAUCAAGGUUAAGGCCGGUGAUAUUGUUGGUAAUGAAGCUGUCUUGAUCACUUUCGAAUAAAUUGUAAAAAAUCUCUUUGUAAUA